AUGGCUCCCAUCCGCAUAGCCCUCAUCGGCCUCUCCGCCAACUCCAAAUCAGGCUGGGCCAAAGAAGCCCACCUCCCCUACCUCCUCUCCGCCCGAGGCCAAGCCCGGUUCCAGAUCAUCGGCCUCCUCAACUCCAGCCCCGAGACCGCCCGCCGCGCCGCCGAGGCCUUCCACCUCCCCAGCCCGCAGGACGUGCGCGCCUACACGUCCGCGUCGGACCUCGCCGCGGACCCGGACGUCGACCUGGUCGUCAGCUCCAUCAGCUGCUUCAAGCACCGCGACGCCGUCAAGCCCAGCUUGCAGGCCGGCAAGGACGUGCUGGUGGAGUGGCCGCUGGCCGAGAACGCGGACGUGGCGCGGGAGCUGAGGGAUCUGGCGAGGGCGAGCGGGAGUCGCACGGCGGUGGGGACGCAGGCGAGGCUGGCGCCGUAUAUUCUCAAGGUGAGGGAGAUUGUGGAGGGCGGUACGAUUGGGAAGGUCGUCAAUAGCGAGUUUAGGAUGAAUGGGAAGAAGGGAGCGUCGCCUUUUGUGGAGGGGACAGUCCCGGUUGUGGCGAGGCACUUUACGGAUACCAAGUAUGGCGGGAACCCUUUUACUAUCUGGUUCGGGCAUCAGUGGGAUGCUGUCCAGUCUAUCUUCAAGGACGUGACAGACAUCCACGCCGUAAUGCAAAUCCAGCGACCAACCGUCCGAGUCGUAGACACAGCAGGAAACACCCUCGAAGAACUCCCGACCAACGUGCCCGACCUGCUCGCCCUAUCCGCCUCCAUCCCAGCUUCCCCAGUCGCUAGAGAAGAUGCAACCCUCCUGGCAACCUGGCGCAGCGGCGCCACCUUUCCCGAGUCUGAAGAACCAGCCUUGUCAUGGGUCAUCAGCGGCGAGAAGGGCAGCGUGCGUCUCAUGGCGCCCGUGUGGCCGCACGCCGGUGUAGGAGGCGAGUUCCUGAUCCAGCUACAUGACAGAGCGACGGAUACGGUGCAGCCUGUCGAGUGGAAGUGGGAGGCGUGGCAGGAGAGUCUCCCGAUGCCGGCGAGGAAUAUUGGGGCGCUGUAUGAGGCGUUUGCAGAUGGGGAGGAGGGUAGAUAUGCUACUUUCGAGGAUGCUCUGAAGCGUCAAGACGAACUGGAGUCGAUGCUUGCUGGCUUUCGCAAUGAGAAGAAGAGGGAGUAG